GUGAAGGUAUAAUUUCAAAAGAUUGUCAAGAUAUUUCAUGGACCGCAUGGUGAGGAAUCAGGAAAUCCUGCAGCAUUGUAAGAAGCUCAAACCAUAAUAUCUGUCCCUCCAUCUGCAACUGACACUUGUAUUCCAACCGUCCUCCUGUCUCGUCUGCUGUGAACUUUUGCAAGAAAAAUUAAUAUUCUACCACCAAGCCUCACAAGUCUUUGUCAAAUCCUGGCACUCAGGUGAUGAGAGGCCGUUCUCAUCAGAUCAUGAUGGGGAAUUCCAGCGGCAUCAAACUAGACAACGCCACCCUGUACCUGUUUCAGAGUACAAACACCAGCAUUGCCAUCUCUGUCAUCUACAUGAUCGUCACUGCCAUUAACCUGGCAGGAAAUGGCCUUUCCAUGUGGAUCCUGCUCUUCCGUACCUCCCCCAAGACGCCAUCCAUCAUCUUCAUGAUUCAUCUCACCCUCACUGACUUGGCUCUUGGCACUGCGCUGCCCUUUCAGAUCACCUACCAGCUUCAAGGAUACAACUGGACUCUGGGACCCAAGAUGUGCAGCUUCCUGACCCUCGUCUUCUACACCAACAUGUACUGCUCCAUCCUGACCAUGAUGGCUAUCGGAAUUGACCGCUACCUGGGCAUCAUCAGGCCCAUGCUGUUCAGGCAGACCAAGAAGAGGAAGUCCAUUGCGGUUAUCAGCUGCCUCCUCAUGUGGGGUUUGGUCCUGAGCGUUCUGUAUCCGCUGAUGACCACAGACCUGACCUUUCACGUUCCUGAUCUUCAGAUUACCACAUGCUUUGACAUCCUGAAGAGAAAUAUGCUCCCAUCCCAGGCAGCCUGGGCAGCCUUUCUCUUCUGCAUGGUGUUCGUCCUCUUCCUCAUCCCUUUCUUUGUCACCACAUUCUGCUAUGUCAGUGUCAUACGCAAGCUGGCCAGAGAUUCUAAGACAGUCCAGAAAGAGAGAGUGAUACGUCUGGCCUUCAUCGUUCUCCUGGUCUUCACCCUCUGCUUCGCUCCCAACAACAUCCUCCUGAUGACUCACACUGUGCUGAGACUCUUCUAUGAGAAGUCUGUCUACAUGGCCUACAAACUCUCCCUCUGUUUCAGUUGCCUGAAUAGCUGCCUCGACCCAUUCAUUUACUACUUUGCUUCCAAGGAUUUCAGACAAAAGUUGCGACAGAUUAUGAAUCUGCAGAGCCUGAGCAGUGUGGACUCAAUGAAGAUGGAGCGCAAAGGGAGUUUUUACUCAGCACAUUGUGCUUUCGAAGGUCAAGAGAAAGAACACAGCAAGGUGUCUUUGAUGCCGAGUACAUCACAGCACAGAGAAUGAGAAAAUAAUCGCAAGAGACUCGUGAGAAAGGAAGUGACACAGAUAGUGUGUAAAGUGUUUCGAUUGUGUGUGUGUCACACUCUGACAAUGUCUGUUCUUGGGUCAUUAUUCCUUUUUUUUUAAAUGUGCACCACAGAGCAAGUGGCCAGCAGCUCAGCCUCUUUGCUAACUUUCUCUUUAUUCUUGCGUUACCCUACGUGUUAUUUUAAAUACUAAAAAAGCAUUUAUGUCUGCCACAAGAAGCUGAGGAGUUAUUUUUGAGGAGGCAUGUAGCAUGCACAAGGGUAAAUAAACUGUGAAUGAAAUGUAUUGUAUUCAAAAUGUAAUGUGCUAUACUGUAUAUGUAUUAUAGAAGCCUCCUCUGGCCAAACAUGUCUGACUUUCAAACAUAUUUAACAUUACCUCUGUACAUGUUUCUGUUAAUGUCUGUGUUCUGCUUUUAAGCUCUGAAUUGGGACAGUUGACCUUUUCACCUUUUCUACUUAAGGAACUUUCUCUUCCUCCCUUUCUUAUCUUUAUGUUCUUCCUCUGCAAAAAUAAAUCAUUAAUAGAAUGAUUAUUAUUGGUAGUAGUUGCAGUGGUUGUCAGACAUAGCAGCAGCAGAUGUAGGAGCUGCAUAUGGUGAACAGGAUCUAUCUGCAGUCUUGCAGACUCACAGACUUUACCACAUGACACAACAGCACUGUUGGAAAAGACAGUUGCGACACUCUCUUAUCUCGCUCACGCGGACACAUGGUUGAUGUAGCUCUCGACAGAUCCAAAGAACAAUAUUCAUCAUGUGUAUUGAUUACUAUGUGUCAAUAAUAUAAUCUAACUAAUCUGAAAUGGGCUAUUUAGCAAAAGUACUUUUACUUUUUGUACUGUAAGUAUACCUUUAUGCUAAUAUUUUUGAAUACAGGACUUGUA